UCUUGAGUAUCAUGAUCGACUCAAAGCUCCCCCAACCCACAGGGGGCUGGCUUCAUAACUAUGAUCCACAAAUUUCUAUCAAGAAUAUAGGAAACUGAAGAAGAACAAACAUGAAUGAAUCUUGGUUUUCAUCUCUUUAUAAACUCGUUUCUACCAUUGAAAACUGUAGAGUAUAAUUUUUGUUGUGAAUUUGCUAGUUAUAUUUAGUUAUUUAGUUUUUCAUAUAGUUAUGAUAGUCAUGUUUCAUGCGGUAAGGUGAUGUAAAGGCUUAAGUUUAUCAAUGGAUCAUUUCAUUUAAAAUAUUCUUCCAAUUAUCAUCCCUGUCGAUCUGAAUCAAGAAAAUUUUGGUCUGCAUGGCAAAAAUAUUAAUACAAUUAUCUCAAUGAAAAAAAUAGGGACGAAGGUAAAAUUUGAGCCGGUUAUACUGAUGAAACUUAUUGCAUGUAGUAUACCGGUACUUAUUGUAUGCGUCCCGUGACUUAUAGAUAGACAAGGCAUGGUUCGCGGGUGAUAUUCCUACUUAAAAAAAACAUACGCUCCAGAGUACUUAGAUCCCUAGAUGGAGGAAGCUCCCUACAGAUGUUCGAUGUUAUUGAACGGGUAGUAUUGUAGUCUAGUGGCUCUCCGCCGAUAGGCAAAGCUACAUGACCCGGACUGUAGGUGAAACAAAUAGGGAAGAUAAGUAUUCUCUGCUGAAUCUGAGCAAGCUGCACACUGAGCUGUGUGACGUCAUUGAGCAAACGAGUCGAAUUUUCAGCGGCCAGAUAUUUGCAGCCAUGCUACUGUUUUUCGUGCACAUGAUUGUGCAUCCGUUCAUAGCGUCGAUUGUUAUUAUCAAGCCGUCGAGUAUCAAAUGGCUAACUAUGAGUUACAUCGCAAACCACUUCACCUUCCUUUUCGGAGAUAUCAUCAGUUUGAUACAACUUGUUGAGCCUUGUUCCAAACUGUCAGAUCAUGCCAACGAGACGUCAACAAUCGUAUGUAAACUUUUGAAUCAGAGGAUUCCUUCAGGCACAAGAACUCAGCUUGAAAGAUUCGAAAGACUAUUGUACCACGGAAACACCGAACUGAGAGUUUUUGGAAUGUUUUCUAUGAAUCGACCUGUUAUCAUGGGAGGUAUCGGUGCGGUGACAACGUACCUAGUGAUUUUGGUUCAAUUCUUAGAACCAGGAUAAGGAAAUAAUGGAUUUCUGAUCAGAUAUGUCAUUAGAAAUGUCCUCAACUGAUGGAAAUU